AUGCUCUGUACUCUAUGCCAGCAUUACCAGCCAAAUGGUGUUAACGGCGUAAGCGCAUGGUCACAGAAAGGCUGUGCAACUCUUCGUCUUGAUAAGGUCUUAGCACAUGAAUCUAGUUCUCAGCAUAGGAAUUCGAUCUCUCUUAGCCUGCAGAGCACCAUAUCGACGAUCGUCAACAAGGUGGAUCGCGAGUGUGAAGUCGCCCUCUUGGACGCACUGAAGGUUCUGCAGUUUUUAGUAGAACGGAACCUGCCAUUAAGCUUGUUUGCAGAUCUCACGGAUCUAUGCAUUGACGUUGGCUCUCCGAACCUUUCCAAGCUUAGGCUUGCAAAGAAUGCGUCUUACACGAGUUGGGACAUUGUAAACGAGUUACUGACCCUGCUGUGCAACCGUGUAAGGGAUGAAGUGAAAGAAGAAAUAAGGGCCGGUCCAUGCUACAGUGUGAUGGUGGACGAGGUGUGUGAUCUCACUGUCCAGAAGCACAUGGCCAUGUGUGUCAAGUACUUGGAUCCUGACGGGAAUAUGUGCACAUCGUACCUAGCCGACGUGACCCUCAAAUCAGCGACAGCCGACGUUAUCACUGAUGCCAUCACGCAGGUCAUUGAAGACAACGGCUUGGUAUUAGAUAACCUGACCGGAUUCGCUUCCGACGGCGCUGCAGUUUUCACUGGAGCAAAAACGGGCGUAGCUACACAACUCAAAGCACGGCGUCCGGGGCUAAUAACUGUCCACUGCAAGGACCACCGUCUAGCUCUUGCGUGCAAGGACAGUUUCAAAAGUAAUAAAAUUUUCGAGAAGACUGAUAGACUGCUGGAUGAUCUGUACAAGUAUUAUCGCAAUUCGUCGAAAAGGUCCGCGAGUUUGAAAGAUGUGCAGACCGCAUUUGACGAUGCUCCGCUUUCUGUUAAGGAAGCCAAACAUCACCGUUGGCUUAGUCAUGACAAGGCAGUAAGCGGCAUAGUUAGGUGCUACAGGAGCAUAGUUGUUGACCUGGAGAGCGCCAAUAUCGCUGAGGAUCCAAUCGGCAACGGAUUAUUGAAAAACCUGCGAGAUCCGGUCACACUGCAGGUUCUCAUGCUUCUUGCCGAUGCACUGCCUCAUCUCUCAGCACUCAGCCUGUACUUUCAAUCAGAGUCUGCCAACCUUGGAUUGGCUAAAGCAAAUGUUGAUAAGACCCUUCGGCUCCUUUUGAAGCUGAAAAAUGUGAACGGGAUAUGGCUCGGAAAAACCAAAGACCUCAUGACUGAUUUAGGGAUCAGUCCUACCAAAGAAAACAAUGAAACCUUUAGGAUUGCAAGAGAAGAUUUCUUGGACGCUCUGACAGGUAAUAUAGAGCGAAGAUUUGAAGAUUCCGCCAUUGUCGAGGCACUUUCCAUUCUGGACCUUUCAACACUAUCUGAGAUUCCAGCCUUCUAUGGGACACACGAAAUGGAGCAGCUAGCAUCUCACUACGGGAUGGAUGGCGAAGAUCUACAGAUCCAGUGGCAGGGUUUCACUGAACUAGCAUCUUCAUUUGCCUGUAAUGAAAGAUCGUUAGUUAACCUUGGGCGUCUAUUUCAUGGCAGGGCACACGUGGACAAAGGGUUGACUAUUGCCUACCCGUUGGUGUCCCGUCUUGUGAGCAUUGCUCUGGUUCUACCGCUUAGUACUGCCACUGUUGAAAGAGUCUUUUCCCAGCUGAAACUUAUUAAGACAGAUCACAGGUGUUCACUGGGAGCAGACACAAUUGACAAACUGCUUAUGGUAAAGUUAAAUGGGAGCAUGGAGCGAUUUGAUCGCCUCAGAUCUGUUGUGGUGGCGGACUUUUUUGAAAUUAAAAAUCGACGUCUUUCUAAGGCCAUUAAGUAA